AUGUCACUAAAGGUACCAUUCAAGCAGGUAGAUGUUUUCACAAACAAGCCAUUCAAGGGAAAUCCAGUAGCUGUCGUCAGUUGCCUCGACAUAUCGGAAGAUGAAAUAACCACCGAACAGUUACAAAACAUCGCUAUUUGGACAAAUAUAUCAGAGACAACAUUCCUAUUUAAGCCUAAGGACCCUUCACAUGACUACAAAUUGAGAAUUUUCGCUCCUACCAACGAAUUACCCUUUGCAGGACAUCCUACUGUUGGAUCUUGUAAGGCCUUUAUGGAAUUUACGGGUGCUAAGAAGUCAAAAAUCUAUCAAGAAUGUGGUGUUGGUGUUGUAGAACUCUCAAUUAAGGACGACGAAGUAAUCUCGUUCGAAGCUAAUCAAACAAUUGUUGAAGAUUUCAACAAAGAACAUGCCAGGUCUUUUGAAAACGUCCUUGGUGUUCAAACUAUUACAGAACCUAAGCUCUUGAACGUAGGACCAAAAUGGCUGGUCUACCUAGUCGAUAAUAGCGAUAUUGCCUAUAAUACAGAUCCCAACUACGGAAACUUAGCUUCUUUAUGCAAGGAGAAUAAUUACACUGGUAUCAUUUUGGGUGGUAAGAAGGUCAAUAAGGAAAAUGAGUAUGAGAUCAGAGCAUUUGCUGGUGGUGUCAAUGUUGAUGAGGAUCCUGUAUGCGGCAGUGGUGCAUUGUCCUUCAUCAGAUACCUGAAUGAGGUGUAUAAGUACUCUAGUACCACUCCAAUUAAGAUUACUCAAGGUGGAAGAGUAAACAGAGACGGCAGGAUAGAAGCUCUGAUAAAGAUUAAUGCAGAAGGACAACCUUCAUAUCAUGUAGGGGGCCAAGCUGUGACAGUCGUUGACGGUCAUAUAAUCCUAUAA